AUGAAGGAAGAAGAGUGCAAUUACAUUUCAUCUGAUGAGUACAAUAAGCUGUCGAGUGUAUUAGACAAGGCCAGAAGAAUCCUAAACACCGCCCCCAUCCAGAAAGAAGAGAAUCUCUCCCUGGGCACUCUUGAAUAUCUUAAAAAGUACAGAAUAGACACAUAG